CACUGCAGAGUGAGUUGAAAAAACUUCAGGAAUCCAGUGUUUGGAAAGGAAUCACAAGUACUGUCCAGGGAACCAAGAGCUUAUUGGGCAAUGUUGUCUCCAGUGUCGGAGCUCUGGGAGCACAACUCACUGGAGUCCAAAUCCUGGGUGUGAAGCUUGAAGUGAAUCCUCACGACAACAGCAUGGACCUGAGGUUCCCCAUCAGAGCUAAUGUCACCGUGGCCCUGCCUAUAGUUGGAAAACUGGUUAACUUGGGGGUGUCCCUGGACCUCCUGACUUCCGUCGCAGUGGAAGAUCCCGAGUCUGAAUUCCCCACAUUGGUCAAAGGAAAAUGCAGGAGUGACCCCGCCAGCUUCAAGCUCGUCCUGUUCGACGGCAAGGCCCCUGCACUCAACCGCCUGGUGGACUCUGUGCUCGCCCUCAAGCAGAAGAUCGUGUCCCUUGUGAUUGAGAAAGCUGUGUGCCCCUUGCUUCACCUGGUGAUCGACUCCCAGGUUGGUGUCAUCAUCAAGAACAUCCUUGAUCAAAUUCACCUCGGAGUCCAGGUCGGAGUCUGAAGACAGAGCUUGGGGAUGAGCGUGGUGCUGCCCCUGGCUGACCGGUUCCCGAGUCAAGACCAGGAUCCCUGGUUGGCAUCUCCUUCUGCGAAGAUGCUGCCACCCCAGCGGGAAUCAAAGUCUGAGCCAGCUGGAAUAUCCUUACAGUUGGGACCACAGCCCCUGCUCUGCUCCCCUCCCCCAAUA